AUGGCCAAGUACCUGGUCCAGAUCAUUGCGAUCGGUGUGCAGGUGGUGGGCAGGGCCUUCGCCUGGGGCCUUGCGCAAGAGUUUGCAACCAGCCGGGCCGCAACUGAAGCCUGGGGAGACGCUGGGCACCAAGGUACAGCUGCCUCCAUUCUCUUCGGCCUCAGCCUCCAGGAGGCACAGCAGAUUCUCAGUGUCUCCAUGCUGAGCCCUGAGGAGGUCCAGAAGAACCACGGACACUUGUUUAACGCGAAUGACAAACCCGUGGGUGGCUGCUUCUUCCUGCGGUCCAAGGUGGCCCUCGCGGGACGCGCAAAGGAGCACCUGGAAAAGGAACUCAAGAUCCAGGCCCAGGAGGACAGAGAAAAGGGGCAGAAUUCCAAAACGUGA